GGUAACCGAUUUUUCCAAGCGUCGAAGGAUACGGCCGUGGUCGAAGGUCAUACGAAAUCUUGAUCCCAACAUUUUAUUACUAUGUCAGGAUAUAAAAUAUCGUCAAAUUUUGUAAUAAACUUCGCAAAAAAUAACAAAAAAAAAGUGGAACAUGCGUUUUGCGUUGAUAACCAAACUGCAAGGUUUCUAAAUAAAUUAUGAUCUCAUUGUCCCAGAAAAUAAGAAAACACAUUUUGAUAUGCGACAUGUUAACGUAAAGUUCAUUUCAUAAGGAGACAAACCAAAAAUGAAAAAACGUUCGGUAUAAAAGCGCCUUAAGUUGAUUCGAAUGUUGGGAAUUUUUGCUUUCAAAUGUAUGAAAUGUGUUAGGGAUUUUAGUCACUAGGUUAUGAGGGCACUGGUAGGUUCAUUAAUUUUGUUCUUUGUUGUUCUUUUAUUUUUGUAGGUUAGAUUUAUAACCACGAUGCAACCGAUGCAACCAAAGAAAUAAGAAAUAUGCAUGUUAUUUUAAUAGCAACUCUAAAUGUCGAAAAGAAUUGUUUUUGUUUUGAUUAAGUUUGCCUGACCUAGAAGACUUUAAAAAAAAUCAUGUCAAGAGAAAAUGUUUUCGGAAAACCAAAUGUGUCUCCGUCUUACGAGGAUAACUACAAUGGGGCGAAACACAAGUUAGGACAAAAUGCCUCUAAUAAAGAAAAAUACAAUAGACCAAGGAGCAAAUCACGGAACAGGAAAGUUCCGCAAGAAAAUUUUGUUCAGACCACAACAAAUCAUCAAAAUAGGAGAUCUACAAACUUUCAGUCACUGAAUCAUGAAAAUCAUGAACAAAUAACUACACCACAUUAUGUGACUUCUCCCGCACCAAAGUCAAUAUGUAGAAAUAGAAGUAUCACCGUACAUAGGUACCCUUUUGUAAUAAAUGAAAAUGCUGGAUUCUAUACAGACAUUCAAAAGCUCAAGAAUGAAAAUAAUCCCAAAAAAUCUUUUGUUGAAGAUAGUGCAAUAUUAAAUAAUUCAACAGUACACAACUUGACGGAAAACAGUGAAGUGAAUGAUAGUUUUCAGGGAAAGAAAUUAAUAGGGGCUUGUCCUAAAAGUUUGAGUGCGUCAAAAUCCGUGAAAUUGGGUCAGCUGAAUAAUCUCCAUAGUAAACCAAGUGCUAUCAAAGAUUCUUUACCAGAAAUUUCAAAAGAAAAUGAUGUAAAUGUUAGAAGUGGAGUAAAGUCGCCUCAUGUUAUGAACAAAGAAAGAGUGUCAUAUAAAGAGUCAAUUUAUUCAGAAAAUACUCAAAAUUCAACAAAAAUAAAUGUAGAUAGAAACUUGAAUAAGUCUUCAAUUUUGGUGAACAAAUCUAGUGCAGCUAUAGAACCCAUUUGUUCUGAUUCUGACAAACAGAAAACGGUGUCUUUGAAGAAUAAACUGUAUGCAAGACUCCAGAAAGGUGCAGAAUUAAGCAAGGAGAAGACUGAAACCAAAUGCAACAAAAAUGAAACCUUAAAACAACGUACAGUUAAAUCUCAAGAAACUUGUACAUGUGAUAAAUGUGAUGGCUUCAUGGAAUGUUCAGCUUGGUGCAAAAAUAAUUUAUUUUUCGCCAGUGAGCCCAAGGAUUCCAGAAAAGGACUACCGCUGUUAAAAAAUAAUUUUAUGGAAAGGGUGCCAACCAUUACAAAAACAGUUGAUAAUAAAAUAAUUCUCCAAGGGCCUAUCAUCCCAAAACCAGUGUUUUCUUUAGAUCAGACUUUUAUAGAUGAAACAAUUCAAAACAAUUUGCAAACGUUGAAUUGCACCUCAGCCAAAGAUAUACAGGCUUACAUCUGGCCUGCAGUUCAGAGGGGAUUAAGCGUUUUUAUGGUUGGACCUCCAAAAUGUGGAAAAACUUUCGCAUAUCUACCAGCCUUCUGUUCAUUAUGUAUUGAAAAAAAUGAAAGAUAUGCAGAAUUUUCUGAGUAUGAAGGACCAUUAGUUCUUAUUCUGUGUGCUACUGUGGAAGAUUGUUAUGAAUUACAGAAUUGUACAAAAAAUUGUAUUACUUCUGGGGAUGUAACAGUUGAAGUUUUAACUGAUGAAGCUUCUGUUCAGGGAAAUUGUGACAUAUUAAUAGCAGUUCCUUCAGUUCUGGAAAAUCAUUUGAAAUCAAGUUCAGUGAAAAUGAAACGUCUUUGUCACAUGGCGAUUGAAAAAGCACACGUUGUGUUAAAAAAUCAAUGUCAAAGCAUACAAAAAAUACUCAAAGCCGUGAACAUCAUACAAAUGAAUAGACCACGAAAUAAAAAUAUACAAGUUGUAGUUAGUUCUGAGAAAUGGUCCCUUGAUCUUGAAACGUUGUUGAAAAAAUUAUAUACAACUCCUCUUGUAUGUUUUGAAGACUUCUUGGAAGCUGCUGUGUAUUCCAAAGUUCAAUUUAAAAAGAAGAAAACGAAAACUACAUAUAAAUUAUUUCAAUUAGUUGAUAUUCUCAAGGGGCACUAUAUGACCCAGAAGGCGGUUGUUUUUUGCAGUGAAGAGGAAAUUUUCAAACUGAAAGAGCAACUUAUUAUAAGCGGCAUCGAGUGUAUUGCGAUUUCAAACAACUUAAUUGAGGACGAAAUCUUUGAAAAUGAAGAUACGUGGAAUUUUUUGCGCUGUGGCCACUUAAAAGUGUUGUUGUGCACUGAUUCGGUAUUUGAAAAGGCAGUGAAUGUAUCUAGUGCCCAAUGGCUCAUCCAUUACCACCUCCCUACAGACUGGCAACAGUAUCAAAAGCGUUUUAGAUGUUUGUCAGCCAAUAUAAACUCGCCCUUUGACGCCCAAGAAACCAUAGUUUAUGAGUUGCAGUCAAAAUGUAGCUUCAUUAUCAUAGACGAACUUUGCAAUGAUCAACUUUUUUUGGAUUUUUUUGAAAUUUUAACCCGCAAUUGCACCAAAUAUUUACAGCUGUAAUUAGGUACUAGGAAUUAUUUUUUAAGAGUGAUUUUUAAAAUGUGAAAUACGAAACUAUCAAAGACUGCAACUUAGCUGUUAAGAUUGUAGUGUUAAUUGAGCAUUUUUAAUAGGAAACUUUAUAUUUUAAUUUGUCAGAAUUUUACUUAAUUAAAAU